CUCCAAAGCUUUCUAUCUUUCUUCAUUUUCUCCUCUAUCUCUCCGCGAUCUUCAGUUACCAAUCGUUUAACCAAAAACCCUUUCUCGAAAACCCUAGAAAUCGCUACGAUCUUCAUAAAACCUCAUUGCCCCAAUUUGAAUUAUUCAAUCGAAAAGUUCCAUAUAUCAAUUUUGAUCGUUCCAAACCCUUCACAACUUUAUCGAUUUUAUUGGAUCGAUUCUUGUAUAGGAAUCGGUCUGUUUCAACCAUUUUUUCUUGUGAAUUGACAAUGGUUUCGUCUGUUGGUUGAUAUAAAGAUGAAGUUAAAGCGAAGGAGGGCUGUAGAAGUGCCUCCAAAGAUCCGAUCAUUUAUUAGUAGUGUCACUGCUACUCCAUUAGAGAAUAUAGAAGAACCCCUGAAAAGUUUUGUUUGGGAGUUUGAUAAGGGAGAUUUUUAUCAUUGGGUUGAUCUCUUUAAUCACUUUGAUACAUUUUUUGAGAAAUACAUUAAGUCUAGGAAGGAUUUGCAAUUUGAUGACCACUUUUUGGAAUCUGAUCCUCAAUUCCCAAGGGAAGCUGUCCUCCAGGUCCUUCGUGUUAUAAGGAUAAUAUUGGAGAACUGCACAAAUAAGCAUUUCUAUAGUUCAUAUGAGCAUCACUUGUCAGCAUUGCUUGCUUCCACCGAUGCGGAUGUGGUUGAGGCGUGUUUGCAAACUUUGGCUGCCUUUUUGAAGAAAACAAUUGGGAAAUAUGUCAUUAGAGAUGCUUCUCUUAAUUCAAAGCUGUUCGCUCUUGCACAGGGUUGGGGAGGAAAAGAAGAAGGCCUUGGGUUAAUUGCGUGUGCUCUGCAGGACAGCUCUGAUACAAGUGCUAAUGAGUUAGGUCACACCUUACAUUUUGAAUUCUAUGCUACUGAAUCUUCAGAUGAGCCCACUGCUCCCAUUGGUUUACAGAUCAUCCAUUUGCCUGACAUUGACAACAGAAAAGAGUCAGAUCUUGAACUUUUGAACAAUUUAGUCUUGCAGUACAAGGUUCCUCCUAGUUUGAGGUUUCCUCUUUUGACAAGAUUACGUUAUGCUAGGGCAUUCAGUUCCCCAGCUUCUCGACAGCAGUACACUUGCAUACGCCUCUAUGCAUUUAUAGUUCUUGUUCAAGCAUGCAGUGAUUCAGAUGAUUUGGUUUCAUUCUUCAACAGUGAACCGGAGUUCAUUAAUGAGUUGGUUACUUUAUUGAGCUACGAAGAUGUGAUUCCUGAGAAGAUUAGAAUUUUGGGUCUUGUUUCCUUGGUUGCUCUCUGUCAAGAUCGGUCACGCCAGCCAAGUGUGUUGACAGCUGUAACAUCUGGGGGGCAUCGUGGUAUUCUUUCCAGCCUUAUGCAAAAGGCCAUUGAUUCCAUUGAUAGCAACUCCUCAAGAUGGUCUGUUCUUUUUGCUGAGGCUUUGUUAUCUCUUGUUACCAUUUUGGUUUCAUCUUCAUCUGGGUGCUCAGCCAUGCGAGAAGCAGGGUUCAUCCCUACUCUUCUACCGCUACUUAAAGAUACGGAUCCUCAACACUUGCAUUUAGUUAGCAUGGCUGUUCAUGUUCUAGAGGCAUUCAUGGAUUAUAGUAAUCCAGCUGCUGCGCUAUUCAGAGAUUUGGGAGGUCUGGAUGACACCAUAGCACGCCUUAAUGUGGAGGUUUCUCGUGUUGAAAAUGGUGUAAAGCUGCCAACUGCUAGUAGUGAUCUCGAAAGUUCUGACUUUAAUAGUUCGCAGAUUGUUGCUGGUACUUCUUCUGAGCUAGACAGCAUGCAGGCUCUUUAUUCUGAUGUGUUGGUUGCUUAUCAUCGGCGAUUACUGAUGAAAGCUUUACUACGUGCCAUAUCUUUGGGAACCUAUGCUCCUGGAACCACUGCUCGUAUUUAUGGUUCAGAGGAAAGUUUGUUGCCUCAAUGCUUGAGCAUAAUCUUCAGAAGAGCUAAGGAUUUUGGUGGAGGAGUGUUUCAUCUUGCGGCAACUGUGAUGAGUGAUCUUAUUCACAAAGAUCCCACCUGCUUCCCUGUAUUGGAAGCAGCUGGUCUUCCUUCUGCCUUCAUUGAUGCCAUUAUGGAUGGGGUUGUUUGCUCUGCAGAAGCUAUCACUUGCAUACCUCAAUGUUUAGAUGCGCUGUGCUUGAAUAACAAUGGUCUUCAGGCUGUGAAAGAUCGCAAUGCUUUGAGGUGUUUCGUAAAAAUAUUCACUUCAAAAACAUAUGUCAGAGCCCUUAGUGGAGAUACCACUGGAUCUUUGUCUAGUGGCCUGGAUGAACUAAUGCGGCACACCUCAUCGUUGCGCGGACCUGGAGUGGAAACUAUGAUUGAGAUUUUGAAGGAGAUUGCAAAACUUGGAUCUGUUCCAGAAGCUAUUUCACCCUCAGCUGACAGUUCUAGUUCUUCUAAUCCUGUUCCAAUGGAAACAGAAGGUGAGGAUAGGGGUGUGGUUUUGCCUGAGCAAGACUCACAAAAGGCUAAAAGUUCGGAGCAUGUCGAACCAUCUUCUGAUUCUUUGGUACCAAACAUAGAGUCUUUUCUUCCUGAAUGUAUAAGCAACGCUGCUCGUCUGCUUGAAACAAUUCUUCAGAAUUCUGAUACAUGCCGUAUUUUUGUUGAGAAAAAAGGAAUUGAAGCUGUUCUGCAGCUGUUCACUUUGCCUGCCUUGCCACUUUCUGUUUCUAUGGGUCAGACCUUAUCUGUUGCAUUUAAGAAUUUCUCUCCACAACAUUCUGCUUCUCUUGCUCGUGCAGUCUGUUUGUUUUUAAGAGAUCAUCUGAAGGUAACAAAUGAACUUAUAGUUCAAUUUCAAGGAUCUCAGCUUGUAAAGGUGGACUCUGCUAAGAGGAUAACUGUGUUGAAGAACCUUUCAAGUCUUGAAGGUAUUUUAUCUCUCUCCAAUUCUUUGUUGAAGGGAAGUACUACUGUGGUUUCUGAGUUAGGAACUGCAGAUGCUGAUGUCUUAAAGGAUCUUGGGAGAGCAUAUAAGGAAGUACUUUGGCAAAUCUCCUUGUGUUGUGAUUCUAAGGUGGAUGAGAAACAGAACGUAGAAGUAGAGCCUCAAAAUGUAGAAGCAGGUUCUUCCAAUAUAGGAGGUAGAGACAGUGAUGAGGAGACUAAUAUUCCCUCAGUUAGAUACAUGAAUCCUGUUUCUAUCAGAAAUAGUUCUCACUCUCAAUGGGGGGUAGAACGUGAGUUUUUUUCUGUAAUUCGUUCUAGUGAAGGUUUAUUUCGUCGUAGUAGGCAUGGGUUAGCACGAAUUCGUGGUGGAAGGACCAGUAGGCAUUUGGAAAGUUUACAAGCUGAUUCUGAAGUUGCUCCCAGUGUUGUGGAGAGUACGAUCCAGGAGGUGAAGAAAAAACCUCCCAGUGUUCUGGUUUUAGAUAAUCUGAACAAGGUUGCUUCCAGCAUGCGUUCUUUCUUUAUGGCUCUUGUUAAAGGAUUUACUUCUCCAAAUCGUCGGAGAAAUGAAACAGGAUCUCUAAGUUCAGCUUCAAAGAGCAUAGGAACCUCCUUAGCCAAAGUUUUCCUCGAGGCUCUUGGUUUCUCAGGAUAUCCAGAUGCUGCUGCGCUUGAUAUACCACCUUCUGUCAAGUGUCGAUAUCUUGGUAAGGUUGUGGAUGAUAUGUUGACCCUAACAUUUGAUGCCAGGCGGCGUACCUGUUAUGUGUCCAUGAUUAACAAUUUCUAUACCCAAGGAACCUAUAAGGAGCUUCUAACAACAUUUGAAGCAACCAGUCAGUUGUUGUGGACACUUCCGUAUUCUGUGCUGACAUCUGGAAUGGUUCCUGAAAAUAGCGGUGAGGAAAACAAGUUAUCUCACAGUUCGUGGCUUCUUGGUACUCUGCAGAGUUAUUGCCGUUUGCUUGAAUAUUUUGUCAAUUCGGCUUUGCUGUUGUCUCCAACCUCAACCUCCCAAGCGCAACUCCUUGUUCAGCCAGUUGCUGUCGGUUUGUCUAUUGGGUUGUUUCCUGUUCCAAGAGACCCCGAAGUGUUUGUCCGUAUGCUGCAGUCUCAGGUUCUAGAUGUUAUACUUCCUAUUUGGAACCAUCAGAUGUUCCCCAGUUGUAAUCCAAGGUUUAUUAAUUCUAUUAUUAUGCUUAUAACUUACAUCUACUGUGGUGUUGGGGAUGUGAAACGAAAUCGCAGUGGGUCAUCAAGUUCUGCAAACCCACGUGCAAUGGCUCCUCCACCUGAUGAGACUACUAUUUCUACCAUUGUUGAGAUGGGCUUUUCAAGAGUAAGAGCUGAGGAGGCAUUAAGACGAGUUGAAACGAACAGUGUGGAGAUGGCUAUGGAGUGGUUGUUUAGUCAUGCUGAAGAUCCUGCUCAAGAAGAUGAUGAGUUGGCUCGUGCGCUAGCCUUGUCACUUGGGAAUUCAUCAGAGCCUUCCAAAGCCGACAGCAUUGAUAAAUCGGUGGAGGUUCUAUCUGAAGAACAACAAACUAAGCCACCACCUGUUGAAGAUGUCCUUGCUGCAACAAUCAAGCUGUUUCAGAGCGCUGACUCAAUGGCUUUUCCAUUAAUGGAUUUACUUGUGACUCUUUGCAAUCGGAACAAAGGAGAAGAUCGUGCAAAAGUGAUUUCAUAUCUGAUUCACCAGUUGAAAGAUUGCCAGCUGGAAUUUUCCAGGGACACUGGUGCCUUAUCUAUGAUAACACAUACUUUAGCAUUGCUUCUCUCUGAAGAUGAAAAUAUACGGGAAAUUGCGGCAAAGAAUGAUAUUGUCUCUGUAGUACUUGAAAUAUUGAUGAAGUUCAAGGAUAGAGCUGAAAAUGAGAUUAUGGUUCCUAGAUGCAUCAGUGCACUGCUGCUAAUCUUAUUUAAUCUGUUGCAAACUAGGCCUAAGAUCUCCAGUGAUGACACUGAAAGAGUCAUAGCUGCAUCUUUACCAGAAUCUUUAGAAGAGCAUUUCCCAUCCCAAGUUCCUGAAGCAGUUAUUGAGAAGAAGUCAACUCUAGUCUCCGAGGAUGAUGAAUCUUCCAUUGGUUUUGAGAAAAUAUUUGGGAAACCUACCGGUUAUUUGAGUGUAGAGGACAGUCGUAAGGUGCUUGAUUUUGCUUGUGACUUGGUUAAACAACGUGCACCAGCCAUGGUCAUGCAGGCUGCUCUACAGCUGUGUGCACGCUUGACAAAAACAUAUGUUCUUGCCAUUCAGUUUCUUGAAAAUGGAGGAAUGACUUCUCUUUUUGAUCUCCCAAGAUCUUGUUACUUCCCUGGAUAUGACACCUUGGCAUCAGCCAUUGUUAGACAUCUUCUUGAAGACCCUCAGACCCUGCAAACAGCCAUGGAGAUGGAGAUACGUCAGACCCUUGGUGGAAGUCGUCAUGCUGGUCGUACUUCUGUUGAAACAUUUUUAACAUCAAUGGCCCCUGUGAUAUGUCGAGACCCUGGAGUCUUCAUGAAAGCUGCAGGUGCGGUUUGCCAGCUCGAAUCAUCUGGAGGGAGAUCUAUCAUUGUCUUAUCAAAAGAGAAAGACAAGGAGAGAGAGAAAGAGAAAGGCAAAACAUCUGUCGAGUUUGGAGCUUCUAACGAGUGUGUGCGAAUUUCUGAUAAUAAAGCCCAUGAUGGAUCAGGAAAGUGUUCUAAAAGCCACAAAAAGAUCCCUGCAAAUAUUUCUCAGGUAAUUGAUCAUCUUCUUGAAAUAGUAGCAGCAUUUCCUACACAGGGAUUGGCAGAAGAUUGCGUGGGGAACGCCUGUGCUAUGGAGGUUGAUGAGCCCAUAGUCAGAGUAAAGGGGAAAUCAAAGGUUGAUGAGGUACGGGAGGUUCAGUCUGACAGUGUAUCAGAGAAAUCAGCAGGGCUUGCUAAAGUUACUUUUGUACUCAAAUUAUUGAGUGACAUUCUUAUGAUGUAUGUACAUGCUCUUGGGGUUAUCCUGCGAAGGGAUCUGGAGAUGUGUCAACUACGGGGACCCCAUCAGCCAGAGAAUCCUGGUCAUGGCGGUAUUAUCCAUCAUGUGUUGCAACGGCUUCUUCCCCUUUCAAUCGAUAAAGCUGCAGGACCUGAUGAAUGGAGAGACAAGCUGUCUGAAAAAGCUUCAUGGUUUCUGGUAGUUUUGUCAGGCAGAUCUAGUGAAGGUCGUAGGAGGGUUAUUAAUGAACUUGUAAAAGCCUUGUCUUCAUUUGUGAAGUCUGAAAGCAACUCUUCCGGUAGCAGUUUAUUGCCUGAUAAGAAGGUUCUUGCUUUUGUUGAUUUGGCAAACUCCAUUUUGUCCAAGAACUCAUCCUCAGGCGACCUACCCGGUUCUGGUUGUUCUCCAGAAAUAGCCAAGAGCAUGAUAGAUGGAGGAUUGGUCCAGUCCUUAUCUGGUGUCCUUCAAGCAAUUGAUUUGGAUCACCCUGAUGCUCCAAAAGUUGUGAAUCUGAUUCUUAAAACAUUGGAAAGCCUAACAAGGGCUGCCAAUGCUAGCGAGCAACUUUUUAAAACUGAUUCUGUGAACAAGAAAAAGACAACGGCCCUUAAUGGUAGGUCGGAUAAUCAGGUGAGUACAACAUCAGCCUUUUUACAUGUAGAGACCAGUGGAAAUGGAAACGGCCAGCAGGAGGUUCCUAAUUCAAACGCAGGGCAACUGCCAGCUAGUGCUUCCGAGAAUCACAGCAAUGAGAAUGCGACUACAGAGCCAUCCAUGGAGCAAGAAAUGAGAGCUGAGCAAGAAGAAGCAAAUGCAGGCAAUCCUCCUCUGGAGCUUGGAUUGGAUUACAUGCGUGAUGAGAUGGAAGACAAUGGUGUUUUGAACGAGACAGAGCAAAUUGGCAUGGGUUUCCACGUUGAGAAUAGGGCACAUCAUGAAAUGGGUGAGGAAGAUGAUGAUAUGGGAGAUGACGGUGAGGAUGAGGAGGAUGAUGAUGAGGGUGAGGAUGAGGAUGAAGAUAUAGCUGAAGAUGGCACUGGCUUGAUGUCUCUGGCUGAUACAGAUGGGGAAGAGCAUGAUGAUGCUGGCCUGGGAGGUGAAUACAAUGAUGACAUGGUUGAUGAAGAGGAUGAUGAGUUUCAUGAAAAUCGAGUUAUUGAGGUUAGGUGGAGGGAAGCCCUUGAUGGCCUUGACCAUUUACAAGUUUUAGGGCAACCUGGAACAAGUGGUAACCUUAUUAAUGUUGGAGGUGAGACAAUUGAAGGGUGGAAUGUUGAUGACCUCUUUGGUCUUCGCAGGACCUUCGGCUUUGAGCGCCGUCGCCAAACAACUAGAAAUUCCUUGGAACAAUCUGUUACUGAAGUUACUGGUCUGCAACAUCCUCUCCUCUUGAGGCCAUCACAGUCUGGUGACUCUGCUCCUGUCUGGACUUCUCUUGGGAACUCAUCUAGAGAUUCAGAAGUCUUAUCUGCUCGUAGGCUGGAUGUAGCUCGUUUCUACACUUUUGAUUCUCCAGUACUCCCAUUUGAUAGUGCGCCGUCUAGCCUUUUCAGUGACAGACUCAGUGGUGCAGCACUCCCACCUUUGGAUGACUUUUCUGUUGGUUUGGAAUCUCUACACGUUCCAGGCCGGAGGCCUGGUGAUGGUAGGUGGACUGAUGAUGGUCAGCCCCAAGCAGGUGGUCAGUCUGCUGCUAUUGCCCAGAUGGUGGAGGAGCAAUUCAUUUGUCAACUAAGCAGAAUUGCUCCAGCUACUAAUCCUCCUGUUGGAUUACUGGAAAGAGAGCAGGACAUACCUGUAGUUGGUGAGAGUCAACAGCAGAUGGAGGGUGAUAGCACUUCUGGUCAACAAAAUAAUGAUCGCCAUAACAAUAGUGGGCAUGAAUCUAAUCAACCAGUUGAAGUUCAGUCUUGUGAAAGGGAACACAAUCUGGAGGUGGUUGCUGAUCAGGUAGGUGAAUUCCCAGAAGCUGUCGAUCCUAUGGAAAAUGUACUAUUGGGCAGGUCAAACAAUGGUCAUGGAAGCAUGGUGAUUGGAGAAGGAAAUGCAAAUCCAAGUGAUAACAUAGAGGGAACUGCAGGUUAUGCUGUGUCAUCUACUCAAGGUGAAGGCAUUGUGAUGCAUGAUAGGACUGCUGAUGGGGAUGUACACAUAUGCAAUGCGACCUCGACUGAUGUAGGCGAUGACAUAACCACUGUAACAGACAGUCGUGCAACUGAUGAGCCACUGUUAAUAUCUGGGGAAGCAAUGUUGGAUUCCAGUGCUCAUCAUGUUUCUGUAGUUCAGGAGGAUACAGAUAUUCACAUGCACGGUGCAGAAACAGAAAGGGCGAGUGACCAACCAUUACCUAUUCUGCCUGAGGAUCCAUCAGUGACUCAGAACCUUCAGGAAGUUCAAGAUGCUAGUCAAACUGAUGAAACUAGUUUGAAUAAUGAGGCUUCUACUGCAAACGCUAUUGAUCCAACCUUUCUGGAGGCACUUCCUGAAGAUCUUCGGGCAGAGGUUCUUGCAUCGCAGCAGGCUCAGGCUCAACCUCCAACUUAUACAGCACCGACAGCUGAAGAUAUUGAUCCAGAGUUUUUAGCUGCUCUCCCUCCGGAUAUUCAAGCAGAAGUUCUUGCCCAACAACGUGCUCAAAGAGUCGUACAGCAGGCUGAAGGUCAGCCUGUGGAAAUGGAUAAUGCUUCAAUCAUAGCCACAUUUCCAGCUGACCUGCGUGAAGAGGUUCUGUUAACAUCAUCAGAAGCUGUUUUGUCAGCAUUGCCAUCUCCAUUACUCGCUGAAGCACAAAUGCUUCGGGACAGAGCUAUGAGUCAUUACCAAGCACGCAGCUUGUUUGGAGGCAGCCACAGACUUCAUGGUCGUAGAAAUGGUCUGGGAUUUGACAGACCGACAGUUAUGGACAGGGGUGUGGGUGUUACAAUCGGCCGGAGGGCUUCAUCCUCUUUUUCAGAGAGUUUGAAGUUGAAGGAACUUGAAGGCGAGCCACUUUUAGAUGCUAAUGGCUUGAAAGCAUUGAUCCGCCUCUUGCGAUUAGCACAGCCUCUUGGGAAAGGUCUGUUGCAAAGACUCUUGUUGAAUUUGUCUGCUCAUAGCAGUACAAGAGCAGUUCUAGUCCAUCUUCUUCUUGAAGCUAUCAAACCUGAGACUGGAGGGGCUGUUGGUGGUUUAACAACCAUUAACUCACAGAGACUUUAUGGCUGUCAGUCGAAUAUUGUUUAUGGACGAUCACAACUAUUUGAUGGACUUCCUCCACUGGUAUUGCGGCGGAUUCUGGAGAUCUUAACUUACCUUGCUACCAACCACUCUGCAGUUUCCAGUCUUCUUUUCUGCUUUGAUCUCUCGCUUAUUCCAGAGUGGUCAGAUGUGAAGUAUUUGGAAACCAAGAGGGUUAAAGGCAAGGAGAAAAUUGUUGGAGGAGAUUCCUCAAAUCCUUCUAGAAGCUCUAACAAGAGGGAUAUUCCAUUGAUUUUGUUUCUCAAGCUCUUGAACCAACCACUUUUUUUGCACAGCAUAGCACAUCUUGAACAGGUCAUGGGACUCCUUCAAGUAGUUGUCUAUACUGCAGCUUCCAAGAUGGAGUGCCAAUCUCAUUCUGAAGAAACAGCAGACCGUUCUCAUAAUGUAACAGUAGAGGGUUCUAAUAACCCUGAUGGCAAUGAAACUACGAGUGAUAUACAGAAAGAUCCCGGGUUGCCAGACAUAAAGUCCCCUCAAGAUGAUAGUGGCACUGGUUCUGCCAACCCUGCAUCUGAUGCCAAUGGAAGCCCAAAUAUUCGUGACAUCUUCUUGCAGCUGCCACAGUCUGAUUUGCACAAUCUUUGCUGUCUUCUUGGUCAUGAAGGGCUCUCAGAUAAAGUUUACAUGCUUGCGGGUGAGGUGUUGAAGAAGCUAGCCUCAGUUGCUUCUCCCCAUCGGAAGUUCUUCAUUUCCGAACUUUCAGAGUUGACUCAAAGGCUGAGCAAGUCAGCUGUGGAAGAGCUUAUCACACUUAAGAAUACACACAUGCUGGGAUUGAGUGCUGGAUCUAUGGCUGGAGCUGCAGUCCUUCGUGUACUACAAACUCUUAGUUCACUAAGUACAGCUUGUGCUGAUGGCAAUACAGACACAUCUAUGGAGGAAGAACAUGAUGAGCAUAACAUCAUGUGGAAGUUAAAUGUUGCGCUAGAACCUUUGUGGGAGGGGCUGAGUGAAUGCAUAGGCACCAUGGAGUUAGAGCUCACACAGAGCACCACUUCUUCAGAUAUGUCAAGUACUAACACCGGGGAGCAUAUACAUGAAGCUGGUGCUUCAUCUGUAUCUUCUCCAUUGCCCCCUGGAACUCAGCGUCUGUUACCUUUUAUUGAGGCUUUCUUUGUUCUGUGUGAGAAGCUUCAGGCAAACAUAUCUAUUAUGCAGCAAGAUCAUAUCAAUGCAACUGCAAGAGAAGUGAAAGAAUUAGCUGGUACUUCAAUCAAGUUGUCCUCCAAGUCUCUUGGGGAUUCACAUAAAAGAGUAGAUGGUGCUGUAACAUUUGUAAGAUUUGCGGAAAAGCAUCGGCGCUUGCUUAAUGCUUUUGUCAGGCAGAACCCUGGCUUACUGGAGAAAUCACUUUGUGUGAUGCUGAAAGCCCCACGGCUCAUUGAUUUUGACAAUAAAAGAGCUUAUUUUCGCUCCAGAAUAAGGCAGCAGCAUGAACAGCACCUCUCAGGUCCUCUGCGAAUUAGUGUUCGGCGGGCUUAUGUGUUGGAGGAUUCUUAUAAUCAGUUGCGUAUGCGACCCAAUCAAGACCUGAAAGGACGGUUAAAUGUUCAUUUUCAAGGUGAAGAGGGUAUUGAUGCUGGUGGUUUGACAAGAGAGUGGUAUCAAUUGCUAUCAAGGGUCAUAUUUGACAAAGGAGCCUUGCUGUUUACGACCGUUGGGAACAAUGCAACUUUCCAACCCAACCCGAAUUCUGUUUAUCAAACUGAACAUCUCUCAUACUUCAAAUUUGUAGGCCGUGUGGUUGCCAAAGCACUAUUUGAUGGGCAGUUGCUGGAUGUUCAUUUUACCCGAUCAUUCUACAAACAUAUCCUUGGUGUAAAGGUCACAUAUCAUGAUAUAGAGGCUGUCGAUCCUGAUUACUAUAAGAACUUGAAAUGGAUGCUGGAGAAUGAUGUGAGUGAUAUACCAGAUUUGACUUUUAGCAUGGACGCAGAUGAGGAAAAACUCAUUCUCUAUGAGAAAACAGAGGUUACUGAUUAUGAGCUUAAAGCUGGAGGAAGAAAUAUAAGGGUCACUGAAGAGACAAAGCACGAGUAUGUUGAUCUCGUUGCUGAUCAUAUUCUGACAAAUGCUAUUCGCCCUCAAAUAAAUGCAUUCCUUGAAGGUUUCAAUGAAUUGGUACCACGUGAACUUAUCUCCAUUUUCAAUGAUAAAGAGCUUGAACUUUUGAUAAGUGGUCUACCAGAAAUUGAUAUGGAAGAUCUGAAGGCCAACACUGAAUAUACUGGAUAUACAGCAGCAUCUACUGCUGUUCAGUGGUUUUGGGAGGUUGUUAAAGGUUUUAGCAAGGAAGACAUGGCAAGAUUUCUUCAAUUUGUGACCGGCACAUCCAAGGUUCCUUUGGAGGGUUUCAAGGCAUUGCAAGGGAUUUCUGGCCCUCAGAGAUUUCAGAUUCACAAAGCUUAUGGAGCUCCUGAGAGGCUUCCAUCUGCACAUACCUGCUUCAACCAACUUGACCUUCCGGAGUAUACUUCCAAGGAACAGCUUCAAGAACGUUUGCUUUUGGCUAUCCAUGAGGCUAGUGAAGGAUUUGGGUUUGGUUGAGACAAGCUUCCCUUGUGCAGCUUUCCUGAAAAUUGCAUAUAUUUGAUCACCCUUUGAUUGCCAUGUAAAUACUGGCUGAUCGACAUCAACUGCACAACAUAGAUUUGGAGUGGUAUUGCUUACAGAUUUGAGUCCAUACACAGCCUGCCUCAAGGAUGACUGGGUAAUUUGCCACACUACUCCGGUCAUGUACAUGGCAGUUUAGUAUCUUGAGGUAGUGAGUUGCAUUAUGAGUGAUGAUCUCUUGCACAGUGGCGAGGAGCUCUGUUAUUUUGUUGUACCUUCCAUUGCAACAGAUUAAGAAGACACUCCUAUGGCCUCAAUAUUAUCCCCGUGUAGAUAAGUCGUUCUCUUUUUGGCAGGGGUUUAGUGUAGGAGGUCUACAUUUAUUUUGGGAAAUGGGUAGGUGCUAAUUCUUUCAUGCUUUAGAAUUUAAUUAGUUACCCAUGGUUACUGAUUGGCAUCAGAUCAACUAUUAAAUCAGCUUAUAAUGCUAUAUUUGAUGUGGCAUUUUUAUUUUGGAAAUGGCGAACAUGGUCGCCCUUUUUAAGUUUUUAA